AUGAAGACUUCAUUGGUGAUCAACAAGUGGAAGCAAUCUUUGGAAGACGAUCUGAUCCUGGCCCUUGCAUCGACGUCAGUGUUACUGUUAGAUUCCAACAAGUAUCCUGACGAAUUAAAGCCAUUUUUCGACUAUGAUGACUGGCAUACAACCAAUGUUCAUAUCCGGCAGUUAUUCGACAUCAAGCGCAUACCACUACCCCUCACAACCACAACAAGCUUCCUUAAUGUCAUUGAACAAUUCCUGAACAAGGAUAUCGAUCGUGAUGCGGCAGAGAUCAAACUGAAGGCAAUGUCGCUGCAAGGCAAGGAAAAGCGGAUGGCGAAGAUGUUGGCAAACUUGGUGGCAAAGCUUCCUUUUUUUGCAUUGGAUGAAAACAUGAAUGAAUCCGAACUUUGCUCUCGUUUCGCGGAGCCCUUUCUGGCAGGGCUCUUCGAUGAUCCAGACAAUGGCGUGUACCUGCGAUGGACAGACGAAAGAACUUUGGAGGCCAAGGCUAACGAAUCGACUCGAUCUCGUCCUGAUGUCUGCGUAACCAGAUCAUGUGGUGUCAAAUGGACAGGCAGCCUUGCAUAUGGUGAAGCAAAACCAGCUGUACAUGGUUGUGACCAUUUCGGUUUGUGCAGAGAUCUCAUCAAGGUUGCCAUAUUUUGCAAGGAAGCGCUAGAUAGUCAACUCUUCGAAGGCAUUUUAGGCAUCCAAAUCAUUGGCAGGACAGUUGUCUUUUACGUGCUCACCUUGCCAGCCCAGAGCCUUUAUACCCUGAUCUCGAUUGCAAAAAUCCAGAUACCGGACAGCAUUCAAAACUUGCCCGCCUUGAUCACCGAGGCACCCGCGAUCCUCAAGGUUUUGGAUGCAUUUGACCGGCUUUGUGUUCGUGCAGCUCACCCAAAUGUCAUCAGCAAUCGACACGCCCCAACUUUGUCCAUGGCCAAAAUUCAUCAGCUUUUUUCCGAAUCUAAAAAUCGCAAGCGACAAUGCAGCCUGGAGCUACGACACAAUUGA